UAUAAUAAUUUUUUAAUUUUGUCCAGUAUGUCUGACACCUUUAGCAAAUAUUCUUUAUCUUUUCCUUCAGACCACUAUUUCCCUGCAAGUCAUCUGUCAAGAAACUGCUCUGCAGUUUUCAUAGAAAAACUUCAUCAUAAUUCAAAGGAAAACUGACAAGUAUGGACUCCAACUCGAUCCAAAGCUCUGCACUACUCCUUUCUAUGUCCACCAUUCUCUCCCUCCUCUUCUCUGCAUUCAUUGUGCUCUCAAUUUGUAGUCAUGCUGCAGAUCAGGACACAAUUCUUCUCAACUGUGGCUCCUCAAGCACAGUUCCGUCACAGGACAGGCGUAUAUUUGUUGGAGAUCAUACAUCUAAAUUCACUCCCUCCACCAGCACUGAGGCAGCAGCAUCUGAACCAAUUCAGUCCACUGAAAUUCUCUACAGGACAGCCCGUCUAUUCACAGCAAAAUCCACAUACACAGUCCCCAUCACAGCCACUUCUCAGAGGCAUUUCCUCCGCUUUCACUUUUACCCCUCUUCCUACAGCACCCACAAACUCAUUGACGCUGAUUUUUCUGUCAACUGGGGGUCGUAUGUUCUCCUCCACAAUUUCACUUUAGCAACUCUAAAACAGCCACAUGUUAUAGAAUUUUGCAUUCCUGUCACCAAACGGAAACAGCUUGAGAUCAUAUUUACCCCUGAAGCAACCAAUCCCAAAUCCUAUGCAUUCAUCAACGCAAUGGAAAUCAUAUCCAUUCCAGAUCGGCUGUUUGGGAGCCCUGCCAUUAUCCCUGGCUCCAAUUUUCAGUCAAAUCAAUAUAAAAUAACCUUAAACACUGCCUUGCAGAAGCUGUACAGAUUGAAUGUGGGAGGGCACACCAUAUCUCCUGACGAUGAUAAGUAUGGGAGGACUUGGGAUGACGAUUCGAAGUUUAUAUUUGGGGCUGCUAUGGGUAGAACAGGAACAAAUUCUACAGAGAUCGAACAGGCAGAUGAUUUUGCGCCUAACGAUGUAUAUGCCACCUAUAGGUCCAUGGAUCCAAACUCCCUAGUCAACCUCAACUUCAAUUUAAGCUGGGUUUUCAGCAAUAUUGAUGCCAAUUUCAGUUACCUGGUUCGUCUUCACUUCUGUGAGCUUCAAUUGACAAAGGGCAACCAAAGGAAGUUUGACAUUUAUAUUAAUAAUCAAACUGCAGAGGAAGCCUUCGAUGUCAUUGAAGUGGCUUCAGGCCCAAACAUCCCUAUUUACAGAGAUUAUCUCAUCUAUGUCCCUGCAGAUGAAUCUACUACUACAGACCUGUGGGUGGAGCUGCAUCCCAACAACAAAACAAGGCCACCAUCAGAGCGCUAUAAUGCUAUUCUGAAUGGACUGGAAAUAUUUAAGUUAAAUGACAGUUCUGGAAAUCUUGCAGGACUAAAUCCUGUGGUAACUGAGGAAACUGAAGAAAGCACAGCGAAUGGGCCUGUGAGCAGCCCUAGCAGUAGCAAGCAUAAGGGCUAUAUAAUUGGAAUUGUAUCUGGAAGUUUAGGUGGUUUAGUCAGUUUGCUCUGUUUGAUGAUUUUGAGCUUUGCUUUGAAAAGAAGAAGCAAGAAUAGUAAGGGCUCCCAUGAGAAGCCCUUUACUGCUGUUGCCGAACAUGCAGGAGGGACAACAACUACUACUACUACUACUUCUACUGAAUCUAGUGCAUUCACAGGAAUAUCCAACAAUGGAUUGAAUUCUGUAGUUAGCAUAUUUUACAGAUACUUUAGUUUUUCAGAGAUCCAAGAUGCAACCAACAACUUUGACGACUCACUUCUUCUUGGGGUAGGAGGGUUUGGAAAAGUUUACAGAGGAGAAAUCAGUGGUGGCACCGGAGUUGCAAUUAAAAGAGCAAAGACACAAUCCCUCCAAGGUUCUCACGAGUUCAGGAACGAGAUAGACCUAUUGUCCAGGCUUAGGCACAAGAAUUUGGUAUCCCUUAUAGGCUACUGUGAUCAGAACUCAGAAAUGUGUCUUGUUUAUGAUUAUGUUCCCAAUGGCACACUGGAGAAGCAUCUCCAUGGCAAGAACCCAGGAAGCACUGUUUUGUCAUGGAAGCAGAGGCUGGAGAUAUGCAUCGGUGCAGCAAAGGGCCUUGACUAUCUUCACUCUGGGGCAUUCCAGACAGUCAUACACCGUGAUGUAAAGAGUACCAAUAUUCUUCUAGAUGAAAACUUGAGUGCCAAAGUUUCUGAUUUUGGGCUUUCCAAAACAGUGGGCACAUCCGAUCAGAGUCAUGUAACCACUGAUGUGAAGGGGAGCUUUGGAUAUAUGGAUCCUGAGUACUUCUACAGCUUGACUCUUACAAAGAAAUCUGAUGUGUAUUCCUUUGGGGUGGUGUUGUUUGAGGUGUUGUGUGCUAAACCUGCUGUUAUGUCUACCCAGUCAGGGGAGAAGAUAAAUCUCUCUGACUGUGUUCUGGAGCAUCUAAGAGAUGAUGCUCUGGAGCAUAUGAUAGAUCCCAAUUUAGUAGGUGACAUAACCUCAGAUUCCUUUCAGAUAUUUGCAGAGGUGGGAGAGAAGUGUUUGGCAGGGGGAGGUGAAGAGAGGCCUUCCAUGGCAGAUGUGGUGUGGCACUUGGAGUUUUCCCUGCAAAUACAUGAAACUGCAACAUGUCAAAGAAAAACAACUUGUGGUGUUAUUUCUGAUGAAGUUUGAAUAGAUGUGCCACUCUGUAGAGGUAGAUUUAGUAUCUAUGAAAGAAACAUGAAAUGGAAAAUAUUGAUUGUUUUUCUAGAUUUGACAAUCAAGAUUUUCAGAUUGAACAAUAGUAUAUUAAAUUUUGGAGUAAAUUUUAAGUAUAAUUUUUAAGUGUA